AUGGAUAAGGAGUUUGUAUAUAAUCUUGAAAAUGGUAACCCUUACGUGUCUGAUUUUAUUCAUUAGAAGGUCAAGCAAAUAAAUUCAAGAGGAAUAAAUUCUGAUAUUUUGGCUCCUUAGCUAUAAGCUAUUUGUAAUUCUAAACCAAGAAAAUUGGAUCUGAAAUAUCGCAACUCUAUUUCAUACACUCCCCAUUAGAAUAAAUAUUUCGGUUAUUGCCAAUGCCCUAAUUAAAAAGUUAAGCUCACUUCAUUAGGAAAAGUCUCAAUCAACAAUAAUGCAACAGACAGAAAAAUGGAUGUAAAACCAUCUUAGCCUGUGAAUCUAACAAACUGUUUUAAUAAGCCUAAAACUCCUAAGAUUUCAUUUAUACCCAACGUCAAUAGUGUAAGAUAUCAAAUAUCGGAAAAUGAUUUUGUUGAUAAUCUCCAACCUCAUUUAAGUGGUAGUCUUAAGGAUGCAACUUAAGUUUAUAAAUCAGGAUCAAUUGAAGCCAUGAAAUAUAGAAAAGGAACUUAACUUAGAGAUAAGUUGAUCAAGUUAAAUAAUAAUGAGUCAGAUUAAUUAAGAUUUACUUGUAGGUACUUAAAUGCUAAGAAAAUCAAGUCUCCUCCCUAUAUGGUGAUGAAAAAAUAUGAGUUUAUAGAGAGGAUUAAUGAGGAACAGGAAAAGAAAAUGGCGAAAUCGAUUGAUGACAGUAUAAUUAAAAGAAUAACUCCCUUACCUCAUUUAAAAACAUUAGUCACCAAAAGCUAUAAUUCCUCAUAUUAGAAUGUUGACAUUUCCUUAUCUCAAUCAAUUGACUCUUAGAAGAUCAAGGCCUUCCUUUCAUAAAGAUGA